AAACCUUGCCCGUGGCAUCUGUCAUUGGUCAUUUAGUGGCGUAAACCCUUGUUAUGCCAUGUCCUGAUUCGAUAGUCAGUUCGCCGUUUUCUUCAGUUUGAGAGAGGGGUAUAGAGCUGCAAGCUGCACUGAAAAACGAGGGGAUUGACCACUAAGGUAUAUAAAUGCUUGCUAAGUGUGACUGGAAGCUUGCUGAUACAUGCCGCAUAAUAUAACGAAUCUGGGUGUCGGUAAACUUCUUAUACCGUUCACCUUCAUUUACCCUUGACCAGAAGCCUGCGCAUUGUCCCGCUAAUGUAAAUUGCCCAUGAAAACAAUAAAACCGUGUCUGUUGUUGGCCGAGUCACCAGUCCAAGACGAGGUUUCCCUUGUCGUUACUCUCGUGAAUAAUAACGGACCGACUCCUAUCAAUAACUACGAGAAUUUCUAGCUCAUUCAAAAGACUCCAAGAAACAAACCCCUUUGAACUUUGAAGCAAAUAGCACAAAGAGUGGAAGGAAGAAUUACAAUACUACCCACACAAAACCUGGCGAAACCCCGACGAGUAUUCUUCCGGCUGUCGGUAAAUUAAUGCGGCAAUUGUACAGGCUUCACGACAAAAGCAAUGUCACUGAGGCUUCCAUACCCAAACGUGUAUAAAUUUCUCAAUAAUUUUUCUGCCCCUGAUCAAGGUUCUCCAGAACAAACAUCGAGAAGUCAAGGACUCAGAAAAAGCGGUCCGAGAUCGAAGACGGGUUGUUCAACAUGCAAACAGCGACGUGUUAAAUGCGACGAAACCAAACCACAAUGUAUUAGGUGUCAAAACCUCGGUCGCGAGUGUGGUGGAUACGCUCCAGAGCAGAUCGAAGAUGUCUCCAAACAAAAUGGAAACGCUCUUGUACCUAUCCAUCCACGACCGAUGUCUGUGAUGUCGUACACCCCCUCGGUCGCUAUACAUGGUGAUCAACUCGAACGGCGGUAUUUUCAAAGAUUUUGUGACAAGACAGCAGCCGAGAUCUGUGGUUCUUUUGAUCCUACCUUUUGGACAGAGAAGGUUCCUCAACUCUGUCACCAAGAUGCGCCCAUAAGAUAUGCAACUAUUGCCUUGGGAGCUUUGGCGAAGUCUCUGGAGGUCACCUCUUCUCCAACUCGACUAUCACUUUCAGGAUUUCCCCAAAUUGAUCAUCAUCACCUAGAUGAACACCACCGUUUCGCACUAAGGGAAUAUAGUAGAGCCAUUGCUUCGUUAAGGAUAAUACUUUCCGAUGGUAGAAGACAUUUGAGAACAUCUCUUACAGCGUGCGUACUAUUUAUGACGUUUGAGUCUCUUCAAGGAAGCUACGAAGGUGCUUUGACCCAUCUCAGAGGCGGUUCUCGAUUGUUAGCUGAUUGGAGGAUUGCUCGAAGAGGGGGAAGUUCUCGAUUGUCGCACGAUUCAUUGUCCGAGAUCCAGGAUAGUCUAGUCGACGAUUUGGGCCGGCUAUUUGCUCGUCUUGAUGUUCAAGGGCUUUUCAUUCCACCACCAUACCCUGUUCCAAAUCUUCUUCAAGAUGACAUGGACAUUCCAGACGAAUUUGAUAGCGUCCAAGAAGCUCGAGAAGUAUGGGAUUUUCUGAUGGCCGCUAUUGGUCAAUUCCAUACAAAGUAUCUGAUUAAGUCGCAAACUGAGCCAGAGCAAUUAUCUACGCCAUAUUGGAACAGACUUCAUAACCACUACACCACACAGCUACUUCGAUGGCGAAAAGCUUUCCAAUCCGUCCAUGCUGAAGAAGCACACACUGGAAGUAUUUCUGCCGAUGCGACACAUAUGGUGAGCAUCUAUUAUAACAUCGCCACGAUACUUGUUGCAUCAAGUGUUCCACAUACAGAGAUGCUAUAUGACGAAUACAACCAUCUCUUUGCGGAGAUUAUAUGCAAAGCUCAGGUUCUACUUUCUAGUCCGGAUGACCCGAGUAACACAUCUCGCUUCACUCUCGAUAUGGGAACAAUCCUCCCUCUCGUCAUCACUGCAGUAAAAUGUCGUGAUCGACGAAUUAGGCGUCAGGCCAUAGCGCUGCUUUGGUCUAAAGCGAGGCGAGAAGGGCUUUGCUUUGACACCAUUAGCGUAGCAAGGAUCUGCGCAUGGAUUUCGAGUAUUGAGGGAGAAGGUAUUCAGGAAGAUGACCAACCAAUCCCAGAAUCAUACAGAUGGGCGAUUUCAUACUUACAUUUGAACUCUGAGGAGCGAUGGUUGGCGGUACAAUUGACGCUAAAACAAGGUGAUAAUGGAAACCCACGGUACAGAGAAACAACAUUUUCUUGGUAAGUGAUGGACCAUAGGAGUUAAUUUCGAGGCGUAACGAGGACCUACAUGAUUUUGGAAAUGGCGUACGAAAAGGUACAAUGACACGGAAUUCAUUGAUGUUACUAGACAUCCUUCCAAAUUGAUGGAAUUUUCAUCUCUUUACUCUGAUGAAUCAUGAUGUGGGAAGCAGCAAAACGGAACUGUCCGACCCAAUUUUUCUGAUAUGGCAAGGCGAAAUGGAGUGAAUGAUUGGACUUGGUAACCUCAUUUCCUUGAAUGGUAAUAUCGGUAUCUGGCAAAUUAUGGAAUUGGAACUCAGUAUGAUGCUAUGGAGUUUAAGUCUGGUUCGUACGAGGUGGCAAAUAUGAGGUAGCAAUACUCAAGUUUGACUGUGUAUAUUAUUGUGUAGUCUGAUAUCGAGCAAAACUAUUCAUUUCCAGCUUUUUAAGCC